GCUAUCUAUUAGAUACUGCUCUAAGGUUAAGACCGUUCUUUAUCAUGGUUGCUAUGGUUGCUAUGCUACCAACCAUACCAAGCAUACCAACAAAAGAUGCUAAUCAAAGAGAAGGAGAACGAGCUGAGACAGGCAAGAUAUUGACAGUAGGAGCAGGUAUCAGUAAGAUAGACUCAGUAGCUGGAACAAGGAUAAGCGAGUUAGCCGAUGCAGGAAGCUCAGGAACCGAAGGAGUCAGUGAAAGUGAAAGACAUCACCAAGACGAAGGAAUGAGAAGUAGAGGACUUGAUGAAGGAGUGAUUUCCUCCCUGAUGAAAUCUCGUAAUCCUCCAACGCAAAGAGCAUACUAG